AAGUUCCCGUGAGUUCCCACCCGAAAAACCCGACAUGGCAAAGAGAUCAGAUUUUGCUCAGAAGCUGUUGGAUGAUCUCAGAUUAAGGAAGGAACGAAUGGCCGCUGCAUCGCAGACCUCGAACCGUUCCAAAACUACAACGAUCGAUGCAUAUGCUUACUCGAAACAAAUUCAUAGAGGUUCGAAGAACACUAAAACAAGCGGAAUGAGUGCUCCCAAGACUGGGAACACGAUAAACACAAGGUAUGGCGGAGGCAAUAAAUCACCAAUGACUAAUGAUACUUCAAACCAAAUUGUUCCUUACACUAGAGGCCGGAACUCAGAACAAAUAGGAGACUUGUCCAUGGCCUUGGCUUUUGCACUUGAAAAUGGAGGAAAACUAAGAGGAAAUACUUCAUCGGGAAACAAUUUGAUGCUGGGCUUCCUGCAACAAAUUGGUAGGAGGUCCUUUGAAAUCGGGAAAAUGAAUAGAAGAGGCGGUCUGGAUGGGAACCACAAUGCAACUGGAUACUUUCCAACGAUCUCACAUCUGCAUAUUAAGGAAAUAUCUAAAGGGGCACAGAAAUUGAACCAGAUUCUAAGAACUUGCUCAAAUGGCUCUGAUUUUGGCAGAUGUUCCAUCGAAAUUGGACAGGAACUGUUGAAGGGGGCUAUGGAUUUGGAGGAAUCUUUGAGGAUGCUUGUGAACUUGCAUGAGGCUUCAGAGCACAUGAUCAUCCCACAACAGAAGAAUAGGAUUGUACUUCUAGAGAAUGAAGAAGAUGGCGAAGAAAAUAAAGAUGAAACACUUGAUCAGAAACUUUACCAACCACGACUCAACUUGGACAAACUCUCCCUAAAUUCACGCAGCAGCCAAGAAGUCAAAGGAAAUGGUCACAAUCAGAAGUUAGCAACCCUGAGAUACACUGCAGAGGGAGAAAAGUUCAACGAUGAAGAGCAACCUCUAACUACGGUAAAAUUGAGUUUCCAUAGAAGAUCAGCAACCUGUGGCCAUGAUGUCAAGACUUCAAACACACGUGAGAAGGUGGGAAUCUCAAAUGUAAUUGCAAAACUGAUGGGGCUAGAUAAUCUUUCAGACAAUUCAAAUUAUGCACAUAAGGACUCAGGUUCCAAGCAUAAGGUCACACAAAAGGAUCUGCAGCCAUCCGCCAGGAGUAUCACCAAAAAGGCUGAGCCAAGGACUAAUAUUACAGAAAGUCGGUCCAACUCCAGAAAUCCAAAACCAAUCAUAUCAGAUAACAGUUCAACUGUGGUGAACACCAUAUUUGUUUCACAAGCAGUGAACGACUUUCCUACAAAUGAUGCAAGUCUUCGAGCCAUCACUUUUAGUGGAAAACCAUCAUGGAAAGGCAUUGAAGGAGUAAGGCCACAAACAAGCCCAUCAACGCCAACCCUCACAAUAUUUAAGCAACAAAACAAGGAUGAAACGAGGCAGAGAGUCCCAAGUAAGUGUCAUCUGGAAGGACUUACAAAGCAGCUUCACACAAAAUACAGGGAGCAAAAAGGUACAGACAGCCACCGGGAUGAACAUGGAGAAGUAUUAAAGAAAGGAGUGCUGGAGAAGGAUGAUCGUGAAGGUCAUAUGAAGCAUCAUCACCAAAAGCACAGGGAGCUAGAAAUUUUGGAAAAGGAUCAAAAGAGAGGAGAACUUAAAAGGAAGGGGAUGCAGCAGAUGGAAGCACAAUUGCAUAAAAAAUCAGAGCGUGCAAUCAUAAUGCAAGGAUAUAAAGAAAGAACAUUUCCUUUAGAAAAGAGACAUCCAGACAAACUUCAAUCAAGAAUGCAGCAACAGUCCCAAAACAGUCCCAAAUACCAGCAGCCACCUAUGGUCCAUAAAGCAGUGAUGGGAGACAUAAAUCACCAUAUAGAAGAGUUGAAACAGAAGAAUGGAAAACAGACGGUGCAGGAGAGAAAUCAAAAGAGAAAUGUGAUCCCUUCCAAGAGUUUAACAAAACCAAUACAUGACACAUUCACUUCUCCAAUGAAACAGCAGGAUAGGAACCAUGUCAGACGAGGUAAGAAAAGCAGCAAAGAAACCAUCACAGCUCACCACUCUUACACACUUCCUAACAGUAGAUGUCCUGAAAAUCAUCCUUCCAGAGAAAACAACUGUUAUGAUUUAAAUAACAAAACAGGUGAGAUAACCCACAAGAGUGUAGAACAAAGUUCCUCUUCAAGGGACUCAAAAACUACAUUCGAAAAAGAGCCAAUUAUCAAAAAGCAACAUGCUAAGGAACCUGUGAAGAAUGAAUUCAAACCUACAAAAAUGCAGAAAAGUGAGGGGCUUAUAAUUGACGAAGCAUAUGCAAUGAAACAGCAAAGUCCAACACUACAGGAGGUGGAGAAAGAAAAACAUGAAAAGUUUGAUGCACUAGAUGAACCAGAAGUCCUCAGAGAAAAUCGAUCUAAAGAAGUGGAAUCUCGACUUGUUGAAUCCCGAGAAACAGUCGUAAGUAUCCAGCCACAGAAUAGCACGCCAGAUUCACACGCAGAGAAUGAGCAGGUUUUGACGCCGCCCAUUCCUGCUGAUGAUGAAUGCCAUAGCUUGAAAGAACCACAAAUAUCAGCUCCAAAUGACAGUUGCGAGAAAACAAUCUCCAUUAGUACUAGCAAUAAGCAAGAUCAGAGGACAGUAUUUGGCAGAGGUGAAAUCAGCAGCUCCAAAAUUGAAACAAAUGAAGAAGAAGCAGAACAAUACAACAUGAAGACCUUAUAUCCCCCACAUCUGGCGCACAUGCAUAGUUUUUCCACGUCAAGAAAACAAGAGACACUGACAGAAAAAGAAAACCACCUCAAGCAGACGCUUAUAACAAGUGAAUGGUUUCUGAAUGCAGCAGAGGCUCUUUUCAAAUUAAACAUCCCCAGCUUCAUUCUUCAUGACAGUGGUCAUCAUAGCCAUUUAAAAAAUGGAAGAAAUUUCACAAUAGAUUGUAGUUACGAGCUCAUGAAGCGAAAGGGCAUACGGCAAGAGCUCAACAAUCGUCCUUGCACAAACAUUUGUUUGAGGUCCAAAAAGAUAGAAUCUUUGGAUGACUUGAUCAAGCAGUUGCAUAGAGACAUUGAGGCAUUGAAAUUCUAUGGAAGGAAUGGUAACCCAGAUUGUGAAUUGCAAGACUACUUGCCCAAAAUGCUCGAAAGUGAUAUCUAUAACCAGGAACCUGACUUUAAUAGUAUGUGGGACUUGGGAUGGAAUGAGACCACAUUCGUGUUUGUUGAAAGAGAGGAAGUUGUAAGGGAUGUGGAAAAGCAUGUCCUGAGUGGACUGCUCGAUGAAGUCACAAGAGACCUUGUACAUGUCUCUCAUCUUUUGACAAAAAGAAGGAGCAGAGAAACUUGAGAAGUAAAAUGCUUCAAGGUGUGGUGAAAUUUGUUGAUUUUAAAA